GCCGUUCCUUCCUCUACCGCUCCUACAGUAAAUAUUUGUGUUUGCUCAACCGGCUGUAAUGGUGGAUGAGUGAGGUAGAGUGAGACGGAACACAACAAAAGAGAGAAGAUAGAGGAGAAAUAAGCCCAGAACGACGGAAAGUCUGCCUCAGAAGCCAGCUGCGGCGAGUUUUUUAAGCAGGAAACGGACGCGCAUCGGUGGAAAAAUGGAUGAACUCAAACACCAAGUCAUGAUUAACCAGUUCGUCCUGACGGCGGGUUGUGCGGCAGACCAAGCGAAACAGCUCCUGCAAGCGGCACAUUGGCAGUUUGAGACUGCCCUCAGUGCCUUUUUUCAAGAAACAAAUAUUCCAUAUGGCCAUCAUCAUCAAAUGAUGUGCACCCCAGCCAACACACCAGCGACGCCCCCCAACUUCCCCGACGCGUUGACCAUGUUCUCCCGGCUGAAAGCCUCCGAAAGCUUCAACAGCAGCGCCGGCAGCCCAAUGAACGCCUCCAUGGCCACCUCGCCUCCUCCCUCACAGGCGGGCGGCUGGGGAUUCUCACCAAAUGUACCUAACGUGCCGCAACCUCAGCAGGGACUCUGGGCUCAGGGGCAGCCCCCCACGCAGCCCUGCCCCCCCUGGCCCAUGGGUGUCAACCCACAUGCGGGCGCCGAGCAGAAGGCUAGUGUAGCGAUGGAGGCGGAGAGAUGAAGGGCCGCACUGGACUGAAACAAAAGCCCCCACCCCUCUUACCUUCUUUAUUGUAGGGGGGGUGAGAAAGGGGUUUUGGGGUGGGAGGCAAUAAAGGAUAGAAAUGGGUUCAGAUGGGAAGAAGUGUGGAAAAAAAACAUCUACGCAAACCAAGAAAAAAACUGAUUUUGGACAAUAAAGAAGACAAAAACCAAUGCAAACGUCAACACAGAAAUAAAGGAAAAAGAUGCGCACACGCAUAGUAAUAAGAGAGCAAACCUUUGUUAGUUUUCCUAAAAGCGAAUCGAAAUAUUGAAGUAAAAAAAACAAAAAACAAAUAAAAAAAUCAGUAACGUCAUGCCCAAGGAUUCUAUACAAUGUUCAAGGACAUUCAAGGACUUUCAAGGCAGCAAACUUGAGGGUUUUUUUUUCUGUUUUUCAGCCAGUGAAUUUUUUUCUUUCUAUUUUUUCUACCCACUGGUGUUCUGUGUUUCUGCGACCGUCUGUGUGCUGCAUGAGGAGAAGAAGAGCGACGCUGUUAGUUUUUUUUUUUUUUUUUCAAUUCAGAUUCAGAUUUCAUCACCGACUUUUUGAGCAGGACACGUGGGAGCGGUUUGUAAUCAGAUGGAACUCACGGAUAAAUGCGCUAUAUUUUAAUGUUAACACACUCUUCCUAAUUUUGGGUUUAGAGGAAAAAAAAAACGCCUCCACAACCGUCAACCCCGUCGUCACAUGGUGGGGCCUCUUCUUACCUCGCCUGGUGGUCACCUGACUUCUUUCAGCCAAUCAGGGAUUCUUCUUAAACCAGCUGUUGCCGACGCCGGAUCUGUUUUCGUGAUUUUAAUUUUUUUCUUAAAGGCGACAGCUGCUUCUGGUUUCUUCUAACUGAUCCUCACUGCAGCAGCUUCUCCUGACACCGUUUCAAACCUGGACUACAGGAGGAGCUUUCUGGAGAUUACUGCUAGAAAUCAUUGUUUCAUAUAAUAUUGUUUGUUUUUUGUUUGUCGAAAAGGUUGAGGAAGUAGGCUUUGAAAGCGGGCGGAGAUUUGGGUUGAUCUUUGUUUUGUAAAAGUGAAUCAGUCGCAGCUAAAAUGACUAGAGAUUAAAAAAUGAGACUACUCCAUUUUUUUUAAAAACUGAAAUGCCACUUUUGCAUGACGUGUUCACAACGUGUAACAUCUUUUGUAGGAAGCGUACAUGAGGUUCGAGGCGUGUUUCUGUUGGAGGGUGGGGGGGAGGGGUUAUUCCCAACGUUAAUAGAGCAGCAGCAGAUUCUUUUGCUGUUUAAAGAGAAAAAAAUGUCUAAAUCAAACCAAAAUUCACCUUUAGGGAGGAGGACGGAUGACGGACGCCGACAGUGGUGCGUCCGGGGACACUACAGACUUACUUUCAGGGAUACAGCAUUUAUGACGACCCCUCUCUCAGACGCCACGCUGUGGAGGAGGUCCUACACCAUCGACUAUCUGGAUACGACGUUGUUGGUCUGCUGACGCUGCCGACGGACAGUUUGGGGAUAACCCUCGUAAAAUUGCAAUAUUUUGAAACAGGUUGGAGCCCCCUUCAGUUUUGAUUUUUAAUCACAGACUUUAAAAAGACAUUUUGAAUAGCUUAGAGUCAUUUCUCUUUUACGUUUUUUUUUUUUGUUUUGUUUUUUUAUAGAAGGAACAUAAAUCCUGGACAUGUGGAUGAGGAAUAACCAACGUUGUGUUUGUUAAUUUAGACUAAGCUAAUGUUUGAAAGCAGCCAUUUUCCCAAAGCUUGGUUCUUUAUUUGGUUCAAUCAGAGAGUUUGUGGGUGGGCCUGUUCCUAAUGGUUUCUCAUCUAUGUUUUCCCCCCCUUGUAUGACUGUAUGAGACCAUUCCCACAAUAUUUGUGGACUACCUGAUAAAUAACUUAUCAUUUUUGUGAACCUAAAUAAAUAUUGUAUGUCAACCUC